CGGGGCCAGGACUCGGGGAAGCGGGGCAGGCUCCGCCCUGUGGAAGUGCAAUCCCGACCCGCUGUCGGAUGUAGGCUUCUGUUAAAUUCACAAACCCGUAUAGGGAAGCGCGGGAAUGGGCGAUAGUUUCAGGUUUUAUGCAUGUUUUUUUUUAAUAAUGAAAAACGCAGUGUAGGAUGAGGGGACACCGCGAUUAAGCACGGCGCUUCCAUCUGCAGUAAUAAUAAUAAUAAUAAUAAUAAUAAUAAUAACUGUGGUUGACCAAGACGCACGAGUUCAGGGAUACCACCCAGUUCCAGCAAGUUUGCAAUGGCUCCACGCGACGGCCAAGAUUCGACAAGGCCCUGAGAGGGAGCCUGCCAUUGGUCAGAAGCAGGUGUGCUUCAUGAGAGCCCUCCUCCAAUUGGCCGGCACGCGGCAACGAAUCACGCCCUUGAGCUCUGACUGCACCAGAGUGAGAGAGAGAGAGCGAGAUAGAGAGAGAGAGAGAGAGGGUGUACAGGAGAGAGAGGGAGCGUGCGGUCGCGGCUGGGAUGCCGUGUUGGAGGAAGUAGCGAAGGCAGCUACGCGCUACAAGAAGAGUGGCGUGAAUGUUGCACAUCUGACAGAGCCAUAGCGUUCUGGGGAUGCGGCAUGGCUUCACCGUCGCAGUUCGCGAGGUCCUCCAGGGACAUUGCCAAUGUGAUGCAGAGGCUGCAAGAUGAACAAGAGGCAGUUCAGAAAAGGACUUUCACCAAAUGGAUCAACUCGCACCUGGCCAAGCGCACACCCCCCCUUGUAGUGAACGACCUGUUCGAGGACAUCAAGGAUGGGGUGAAGCUGCUAGCCCUGUUGGAGGUCCUGUCGGGCCAGAAGCUGCCCAGUGAACAAGGCCGGCAGCUGAGGAGAAUCCACUGGGUGUCCAACGUCGGCACGGCGCUCAAGUUCCUGGAGGGGAGGCGGUCCGCUUACAGGGGAUCUCCGAUCAAGCUGGUCAACAUUAAUGCCACGGACAUUGUGGAUGGGCGGCCUUCCAUUGUGCUGGGCCUGAUGUGGACCAUCAUCCUCUACUUCCAGAUCGAGGAGCUGACCAGCAACCUGCCGAUGCUGCAGUCGCUAUCCAGCAGCACCUCCUCCAUGGAGAGCCUGGGCAGCUCGGACACAGCCAGCCCGCCCGUGAAGAAGAAGGUGCUGACCAGGGUCCACGGCAACGCCAAGAAGGCCCUGUUGAAAUGGGUGCAGUGCAACGUGACCGCGUAAGGGCCGGGCCGGGCCG